AUGGAGAGGUGCCUGUGUCCCAUCCUGGAAACACCAGCGGCAGAUGGUGAAUCCCGUGCACUGACCGCGUAUUGCUUGCAUUUUCAGGCAUUUAUUUGGCACUCACAAAGCUUUUCUAUUUUCUCUUGCAGAUGUGUUGGACAGCGAUGCCUGUUGGCUCGGCUUGGCCCCAGCCUUUCUGCACGACAUGUUGUCCCCAUGGGAACAACAGCGAAGGAGGAGAUGGCCCGCUUUUGGGAUAAGAACACCAAGUCCAAUCGCCCCUUGUCCCCUCACAUCACAAUUUACAAGUGGUCUCUGCCCAUGGCGAUGUCCAUCACGCAUCGGGGCACCGGUGUUGCGCUGAGUGUAGGAGUCUCCCUCUUCGGUCUGGCUGCCCUGGUUCUCCCAGAGCAGUUUCCCCACUACCUGGCAAUGGUGAAGUCGCUCAGCCUGGGGCCUGCUCUCAUCUACUCUGCUAAGUUUGCUCUGGCUUUCCCCCUCUCCUACCACACCUGGAAUGGAAUCCGACACCUUGCGUGGGACCUGGGGAAGGGGUUCAAGAUCUCCGAAGUCAACCAGUCCGGCGUGCUGGUCCUUGUCCUGACCCUGCUCUCCUCUGCUGGCCUUGCGGCAAUGUGAAGGCAUCUCCCGGUUGAUGGCCUCCCUUUUCUGGAAGAUCUGGUCUGUCUGUCCUGGCUUUCCUCAGGAUGUGGAGAGUGAGGCAGGAGGGCAGACUCCUGAAUAACUAUAAAUCUUAGGGGAAGGUGGCACUUCCCCUCCUUGCAAAUUUUGUGGAUGAUCAGAGUUGCUUAUCGUUAGCCUGGACGACGUGCUUUGCCCAGCUAGCCCAGGACUGCCUUUUUGAUAGUGGGGGGACAGGCCAGGAUGUCUCCUCAAGUACCAAAUACCUGAAUAGCCACAGAGAGCUGGGCACAAGUUAACAGCUGAUUUCCAGCACAUUCAAGCACUUGCAGAAAACUGCCUAACUCAGUACUCUUUUUCAGACAAACCCCGAUGCAUUUUUUUUUUCUCCCUGCUCUAUCCCAAAGCUUGAGACAAUGCUGAUUCUGUGUCCCCUCAGGUCCGAGUGGGCUCAGGGAAGGAGAUGCCAGUGCUGCUGGUAGUGUGUGUGUAGGCCUGGUGCAAGACAACCAUCUCCAUUGAGGCACCCUGUUCUAGGGGAGGGAGAGCAGAUGGAGCUGCCAACGCCAGCGCCCGUGAGGGGAAUGGGUAAUUGGUGCCAUCCAGGGUGUUAACACCAGCCGUGCAACCCUGGGCUUUCCAAGGCUGGCAGCAGCGAGCAGGGGCGGGCUGGGCAGUUGUGCUCAGCCCUGGAGAUGUUCAGUCCUGACUCCUUGUCACUGAAAAGGUGAUGAUUCAGCAAACUUAGGGGCUCUCGAGCCCCUGCCAGUGAAAACAUCCUGUUUUCCCCUGUAUUCUCCUGCCUCUGAAAUGACUGGGAGUGAUGUGGUUUUCCUGUUGUGCAUUGUCACCAGCUCUCAUGUCAGUGCUUCUUUGUAACUCGUCCACCAUUGCAAUAAAGCAGCCUUGAUCUUUUGCACAUGCUA